AUGAGGCCCAGGAGACGGGGAGAACCUGAGGGGGGGCUCAAGACCUCAUGGAAGUCAUUAGAUGCAAAAGUAAGAAAGAUCUGGGACCACAGGGGCUACAGAGACUACAGGGACCCCAGAGACUACAGGGACCCCAGAGACUACAGGGACCCCAGAGACUACAGGGACCCCAGAGACUACAGGGACCACAGAGACUACAGCGACCACAGAGACUACAGGGACCACAGAGACCACAGAGACUACAGGGACCCCAGAGACUACAGGGACCCCAGAGACUACAGGGACCACAGAGACUACAGGGACCACAGAGACUACAGGGACCACAGAGACCACAGAGACUACAGGGACCACAGAGACUACAGGGACCACAAAAACUACAGAGACCCCAGAGACUAA